AUGGCCGACAAAACUAAGCUUCUUACGCAAAAGCGGACAUCCCUAAAGUCCCAAGUUACUAAUCUAUCUAACCUUGUGAAUCAAGGUAGAUUGGACCCUACCGCUUUAAGAUUGCGGAUGGCGCGUUUAACCGCGCUGUACCACGCGUUCGAGGAUUACAACGAUGAGCUCGCAAUAUUAGAACCCGACGGCGGGCAUAAUAACGAGUUGGUCAAUAUCCAGGAUCGGUUUUAUGCGAUCGCGGGUAGGGUCGAAAACAUCCUGAACGACGAGAGCGCGUCGAGUUCUAAUGCUGGUACCUCGAGUAGUGGGGCGCAGCGCGAUGACGCGGAGCCACCGACAUCGUCGAGAAAGCGGCGUCUCAAAUUGCCAGAGGCAUCUCUCCCGACAUUCGACGGAAAAUACGAAAACUGGCUGUCCUUUAAAAAUGCGUUUAAUAAUAUGAUAGAUGCGCAAGCAGAUUUAACGGAUGUGGACAAGUUGCACUACCUCAGGUCAGCUUUGGUUGGUGAAGCCGCGAGUAAAGUAAGACUUUUUGCCAUCGACGGGAUAAAUUACCGCAAGGCGUGGGAGGUAUUAGAACGGUCAUAG